AUUCUCAUCCCACAUAAGAUGGCAGGUGUAAAAAGCUACCACUCUUUAACGUGUGUUAUCACCUGUUAAGAUAACAUAAAUUUGAUUCACAGUGACUUCUAAGCAGUUGUUUCCUGUUGUUCCUGAGUGUGAUCCUCGCCCGUCGAAGCCAGUAGAUACCUGCAUUGUACGCGUACCAUACGAUGUGGUGACUAUCAGCCUGACAUGUAAAGUUGAGCAUGUCAAACCUGCGGUAGACAUCUUAUGGUUUCAUGUGCUUCCAGACGGUGGCGCUGAGCAAGUCAACUCAUCAACUACGAUAUUGCCUGUUACCAGACCAGGUUCAUCUUUCGACAACACUUAUACGUCACUAUUAACUCUCCAUCUGCCCACAAUGGGUAGUGACAUUAUGAGGUAUAGAUGUGAGGCUCAUGGCGUAGCUGUAGGAAGCGAGAAUGGAAGUCACUUGUUGGUUAGCGUCAGGAAAAUCUCACCAAAGGUCCAUGCAGAUCGGGUCGUAUUCUUGGAGCGGGGUCAACAUGGGAUUGUUCCUUUUCUCCAAAAUACACCCUUCGCAUACAAGCCAGAAGAUCUGGACUGUGUCUUCUGGUACUUCGGUUCGAGAGACAGAGAACACGCCAUUGGCUCCUAUUCACAUGACACCAUCAGUCCCCAGAACGGCAUCUGUCUCGGCUGUAACAACAUCAGCAGCAAUUUAGCUUUGGUUAUCCAGAACGUCACCGACUCUGAUGAAGGGACAUAUUUUUAUACAGUUGUACCACAUGUGGGCAGAUUACACGAAGGAACUGUAGAGGUAGCGGUCAAAGUUUCAGCCAAAAAGCCGUUUCCUGUUGUUCCUGGGUGUGUUCCACAGCAGUCAGAGCUUAGUGAUGAAUGCAUUAUUAGCGUACCACACGAUAUGGUAAAUGUCACCCUUACAUGCAAAGUUGAACAAGUCAAACCCCCGGUAGCUAUCCGAUGGUCCAUUGUGUUUCAAGACGGCCGCGUGGAGGAGGCUGAAUCUACCUAUACCAGGUAUCUAACGGAAGCCCAUCAGCCAGGUUCCUCUUCCGACAACACUUACACGACGGCAUCUUCCCUUUAUCUGUCAAAAACGGUUAACGACAGCGUGAAAUAUAGAUGUAAAGCCUACGGGGUAGCAGCAGGAGGCGAGAAUGGACGUCAAGUAACUGUGACCGUCAGAAGAGAUUUAGCGCCGGUCUGGGCAGAUACAACGAGGACUACAAGCCCUGAUCUUGUAAAAAAUUUUUACAUCGUAAUGGCUAUUUCGGUGGUGAUGUUUGUCCUUCUGUUACUAAGCCUCAUUGUCCUGUUUUGGGUAAUUAAAAGUCGCAACCAUCGGAAAACCAUCAAAGGAGUCAUGGCGACGCAGGAUCAUCAACUUGAGAGUACUUGUUAAGCAAGGAGAGACACACCUAUGUUUUGACCGAACCAGGACGAUGUGGUCCAUUUCGAAGCGACCAAGCUCCUGCAGGGAGACUGUGCCCAUUUGUCGUGAACGAACUACCAGUACCGGUACUCAGAUAAAAAAUACUCCUCAAAUUUUGCAAGUGCAGCUCGUCCUUAUCAUACACUGCCCCACGCAGAACAAAACAGAAACACAAACACAAAUCUGGUUUAAACUUUUGUAAAUUGUGAUUUAUCGUGGGAUGGAGGAAAUAUUAUCUUGAAAAAAAAAAACCAGAGCAUCUCACAGUUUAUCAUGGGAUGACCAGAUAAAUUUGCUAUUGGGAUGUGUCUUCCCGGCCCCAUACACUAUAGCUUAAAAGAAAAGGGCACAAAAAGAAGAAAGUACCAAAAUGACAUGGUAACGAGGCAUUAAAGGCCCGCAAUACGUCCACUAGAUCUCUUCAUAAUAUCAAGAAAAUAACAAAGAAGAAACGUUAGCCUGCAUGACCCCCUAUAAAACUGAAUUUCGAGGCAUUUCUUGCAUUACCAAUAUAUAGAGAACAUUUUUGACAUUCUUUUUUUUCUGCGACCCUUCGAUGAUAGACCUUUCUACUGUUCAAAUAUUUGUCAUAAUGCCUUUGUUAAUUAAUCUCCGGUAAACGCCAACGCCUUACCCACCUCUUUCAACAAGCGCUCAAGUGAUCUUUUUUUUUCAAGUCACGAUAUCCCUUGUAAACGACAAUGAUCCAAGCAAAUAACCACACUGUCUAAAACCUGUUUAGCGAUUGAACUUUAGUUGCCAUAUUAACUUUAGAAAUACAUUUAGAAUUAUCACUACUACUGCUGUUGUCGACAGUUUAUAUAUAUUAGGCAAAAAAACCAACAAUUUUAAGGCAUGGUGUUCGUUGAAACAAUUCAUUUUCUGUACCAGUAGUUGAUGAGCCAACAUAUCCCAUUUGUUUACGUGUAAAUCAGACAAUAGUGUAGAGAUUUAACAGCGAUAGAAAGUAAACGAUUUUCAGGCAUAAUGUCUUCCAGCGUUGUCCACAACUGUCCAUCAGUAUUCUAAAUGUUUAGAAAUUAAAGUAGCACGAGGGGACUAGAAAAUUAAUUGCUAAGAAUGGUUUUACCUUGAGCACAGUAACGCAGGGGAAAGUAAUGACCAAUGAAUCUCCAGCACCUCUUUCAUCUGGACACUGAUGAAACCUGUCACCUUGUGACGGCCACUGCCUACUGAAACCAUCCUAGUCCCCCACCCCUUUAAAGAUGUAGUUUAGCGAUGGAGGACAUUUUCGGCAAUAUAGGCAUAUUUGUCUUGGCAAGUAAGCCCAUGUUUAUCACAGACACAAGCUCUCCUUUUUCAAUUUGUUGAAAACUGAAUUCAGACAACAGUUCGCGGGUUUUUAAGUCUGGCGGAGAACAACAGUCGUCGAUUUUAUUUGGUCAUUCUACAAGUUGUGACAUAAUACGUGGCAGUCGAAUACCUAUGACUCUUUGCUACUGUAGCAUGUAUACAAUAAUGCCGAUUUCCAAGCUUAACUGUCCCAGCGUCGGUGUGUUUCCUGACAGCGAUGCUGGUUAUUAGUCGGUUUCUUCUCACUGGUGCGAAGACAAUAAUCUUGUUCACGACAUCAGCAGCACUGAGAAGCCGUUUUGCCAUAAUACAAAUUUUAUCCCGAUUUUUAGAAGCACUGAUGCCACUAACCAUGCGGUAGCUAGCAACGCUCUUCCGGGGAGGACUUGGGGAGACGGCAGAACACUGACGUUGUGUUUUACUUUUUGGAAACUUUUAAGCUGAAUUCUAAAUUACCUAAAAUGUAUUUAUGGCAGCAAAUUGAGUUCAUAUACCGGCUUACACCCGGUUCCUACUUAGCAAAUAAAAAAAGCCGUUUCACAGGCUGGCCUCAACGAUUUUUAGACACUUUGGGCCAUACUGGAAAUCGCUUUAUGACAAGAAUCAUGUUUAUUCUCCGAAUUAUUUACAUAAUUUCAAGAAGGCUAUACUGUCAAAUUGCAUUAUUCUGACGUGCUGUAUGCAGUUGCAGGAAAAUGCAUGGUUUGUUGUUAGUUUGUGUGGUCGGAUCUCUUCUUUUUAUCUGUUGUAUUGUUUUUACAAUGUGCCAGGUUUUAAUGCAUCUUUACUCUUUAUAUGUGUUAUUAAAAUAAAUUUCAUGUGCACUAAUUUCCUUAAUACUUACGUCUGUGUGUAUCUCAGUUAUACCACUGUUUCCGUUUUCUCGGAUAUAUUUUUGUCUUCUCACCUUUACUGUCUCAUUUUCAUCUAAACAUUAUGUUUAAAGCUGAACAUUUCUAAGCGUAAAAUAAUUUCAGUCUAAAGGACCAAAAUGGAAAUAAUUUGUUGAAAAGCUUUCUGUUUUAUUCUGGACAAUGUUGUCGCGGAUUUACAUUGUAUCUUUGACUUGUUUUAGUCCUGAUCUUACUUUGCUUUGAUCUUAGUCUGUAUAUGCGUUACUUGGUUUUACUUACCAUGAAGAUUGUCAACUAAAACAAACAACCCAACAAACAAACAGACAAAACGUAAUCUGUGAACCAGUGCCCAUUUGCCGGUCAAUGUGUUCUAUACGGGCCAAAGUGUUAAUUGAUUAUUACCUUAUAGCGCCGUAGGUUACAUGCGUUAGCCUCACACAUGGUAUAUCACACAUCACGGGUGGAAUAGCCUCUACAGAAUUUAUCAUAUUUGGAGUCCCUGGAUAUUUAUACUAGAGUCAUUUUUUUUUCAAAUGAUGCUGAUGAUGUAGCAUGCAUUUGGUACAUAAAGAAGAAUGUACCGCUGUACAUAAAUAGUGACUCAUUAGGGACAUUUAGAUUACACCUCCAAAUGGCUUAUUAUAAAAAUGUUGAGUUAAGCAAUACUCCGAA